UCUAUUUUAUCUCUUUCAGAAAGUUUUAUUGAAACUCUCAAUAGACACCCUUCUUACUUUCACAAAAUUGCUCCACAUCUUCGUCCCAUUUCAAUCUCCCCCGUUUUCUCAUUUUGUAUGCGCACCUUCAUACUUUUUAUAACUCCGAUUCAAGUGGGUUUCUCGUGAUUUUCCCUUUUUUUAUUUUACUCGUUUAUGUUCAACAGAUCUUACUCACAUCACAUUUCUUCGUACCUUUUUUCAGUCAAAAAGAGGCACAUGGUUACUUGAUUAUAAAGCCCUGAAUUUAAGUUGAGAAGAGCGUAGGUGUGAGAGAAAGACGAUGCUUAGAAGCUCUUGUGAAAGUCAGAAGAUUGUUAACAGAAUGGGCAACGCGGCACGCAGUUGGGCUAGUAGAAAACCAAAUGAGAGUAUGAGGCUUAUAGUAACAACAUUUGUGGGAGUAGUUUUUGGCUUCUUGAUAGGAGUAUCAUUUCCGACAUUGUCACUAACUAAGUUGAAUCUCCCAUCCAGCCUUCUUCCUAGCUUGGACCUUUCCUAUAUUGAGGACCAUAGAACAGGCCUUUCAACUCAAGCAGUUUUGAAUGCAUUGAAUCUGAGGAAUAAUGAUAAAAUCUCAGCUCAUAAUGGAACUUUGAGUGAUACAUCAAAGAUUUGGGUAUCCACGAAUCCUCGAGGUGCAGAAAGACUACCUCCAAAAAUUGUUGUAGCUGAGUCAGAUUUCUACUUGCACAGAUUGUGGGGUAAUCCUAAUGAGGAUUUGACAAGCACACCCAAGUAUCUUGUCACCUUCACUGUUGGUUAUAAUCAGAAAAGUAAUAUUGAUGCAGCAGUUCAAAAGUUCUCAGAGAACUUUACAAUUGUUCUAUUUCAUUAUGAUGGACGAACAACCGAAUGGGAUGAGUUUGAAUGGUCAAAGCGGGCUAUUCAUGUGAGUGCUCGGAAGCAGACAAAAUGGUGGUAUGCAAAGCGGUUUUUGCAUCCUGACAUUGUGGCAGCAUAUGACUACAUAUUUAUCUGGGAUGAAGACUUGGGUGUUGAGCAUUUCAAUGCGGAGGAUUACAUAAAACUAGUGAGGAAGCAUGGUUUGGAGAUUUCACAGCCUGGUUUGGAACCUAAUAAGGGGUUGACUUGGCAGAUGACGAAGAGAAGAGGCGAUAGUGAAGUUCACAAAGUGACAGAGGAGAAACCAGGCUGGUGCUCUGACCCACAUCUGCCUCCCUGUGCAGGAUUUGUUGAGAUCAUGGCUCCAGUAUUUUCUAGGGAUGCAUGGAGGUGUGUUUGGUAUAUGAUUCAGAAUGACUUGGUCCAUGGGUGGGGUCUUGAUUUUGCCCUGAGAAAGUGUGUAGAGCCUGCCCAUGAGAAGAUAGGGGUUGUAGAUUCUCAGUGGAUUGUUCAUCAAACCGUUCCAUCACUCGGGAACCAGGGAGAGGCACAAAACGGGAAAGCACCAUGGCAAGGGGUGAGGGAGAGAUGUAGAAAAGAGUGGACAAUGUUUCAAAGCCGGAUGACAAAGGCUGAAAAGACUUAUUUUGAGGCCAUGGGAAUUGAUCCCAACAAUUCUACAGCUCAUUAGGAAAGUUGAUAUCAUCCAUGUACAUGUUGACUGUACACAACCAACCAUCAUUAUAGAGUGUUUAGGGUUUUACCCCAGUAUAUUUUGUAGAACUUAAAUAUUAUUAUUAUUAUUAUUAUUAUUAUUAUUAUUAGUAUUA